AUGUUCUCGUCCUGGUUCGGUGGCGGUGAUGAAGGCACGGGCGGCGAUGAUUAUCAGCUGCAAAAUGCCGUCGCCAGAGAGAGACAACGCGUCGCGGAUGCCAAGUUGAUAGACGAAGCGAGAGCGCGAUUACAAUUGGAAGAGGUGCAACAGAUGAAGAAAAAUAUAUUAGAGUUAGAGAGAGAGUACAUCAUGUCCGCGAGUACGGGAGCUUUGAACAAAAGCUUCGCGGCAGCCACGGCAGAAGUAGAAGUCGAAAAUGAAAAGUUGCGAGAGGAAAUCGAGAGCUUAACGGAAAAGAAACCCGAGCCGAUUGUAUUGAACGUUAAGGAAAUGCACGAAGAGCUGUCUUCAUGGAAAGUGAAAGCGAAAAAGUUAGAAAAGGAAGUGAAAGCGAGAACGGAGGAAUACGAAAUAGCCGUGGAGGAAUCGAACAGAGUAGCGGAGAUGUGGAAACAGCGAACGUUUGACGUUUGCGAGCCGCUCUCGGUCAUCGACAAUGGCGAAUUUCGAGACGCCGUGGAAGAAGCGGAAGAGCUCGGCAUCUCAGAAGACAACAACGAUGAGGAAACGACCGCACAACAAAUGCAAGAAAGGGCGGACGAGAAAAUCGCACGCGCCGUAGAGAGUGCGACGGAGAGAUUGUAUGAAAUUGUUCAAAAACAAAACGAAGCGAACGAAUUUAUCGAAAGUCUGAAAGGUACAAUCGAACACAUGAAACGCGAAGCCGAUCAACACAACGAAGAUGUACAGAAAACGCUUACAACAACGCUCGGUGCAGUACAAAAGAACAACGCGGAACUAUCGAGAGACUUGAAGACUCGGAACGAAGAGUUGAGCGAAGCGCAUAGAAAUUUGCAAAUAAUGAGAACUGCUCUUGCUGGACAAGAUGAAAAAGCACAACGAAGAAUCACGCAACUGCAAAAAGAUCUCUUGAAAGAACAACAGAAAAAGCAGAGCGAACAUGCGGGUACGCCUUCGGCGUUGGUGAUAUUAGAGACUGGCGAUGAGGAAGUUCAGAAUUUAUCGUUCGAGCUUUCAAAGGUAACCGCUAAGCUUCGAGCGGCGGAGACGAAAAUCAAAGCGUUAGAAGAAGACUUGGAUCUCGCCAGGGAGCAGAGAGAAAACCUUAUCGCACAGGCGCGACAAGGAAACGCUGGCGAAGCUACUGUGUCGUCUCCAAAAGCGUCUGAAUCGAAACAAUUAACAAUGUUGAGAGCAGAGAGAGCGCGUUUGACUCGAGAAUUAUCAGAAGCAAAGGUGCUUUUAAGUAAUCAGAAUAAACGGAAUCAAUCGACUGUUGGAAAUUCGACGUCAGUGAUCAGUUCUGCAGUAUCGCGAGCAUCUGCUGGCGUUGGUGGCGGGACAGAUUCGGAUCGGAAAGUGUUGGCCCAACUUCGGGUACAACUUAGGAGAUCAGAAACUGAAGCAAACGACUACAAACGUAGACUUGAGAUUGCUGAAAGAAGAUCGGCGACACUCAUGCAAUCAAUAGCAAGCGAUCGAAAAUGA